AUGUCCGAUUCCGAAGAUGAACUGAACGUCGACCUCUCCCGAUGGAAGCCUCGCACAGUCAAUACGGCCCCUCAGCCUUCUGCUCCUGCUCCGCCUCCAAGGACCUUUGCCUCGAUUAACACUCCAGCCACUGCCACUGAUACUGCCAACCACUUCGAAGACGACGAUUUUGAUAUUGACGCCAUUGUUGAGGGCAUCGCCGUCGGCCAUGAGGAUGCUCUACAACCAAGACCCUCCACUUCCCAGUCUGUCGCAUCUACAAAGCCCAGGCAGACUGUCCAGGUUGUAGUCACCCAAGACCCCGAUUUCAACCGGGACGACUACACCGACUGUACAUAUGGUGCCAACAUUGUGCGCCGUGUCUUGAAAGAGGUUGCAAAAAAUGAAGAUGUAUACUACAAUGUCGAGUUCGUCGAUAGACAUACGGAGCAGGUCUCCUUCAACGAUCUAUUACAAUAUGAAAACGGCCAGGAUGCUCUACAAGAAUACACAGAAAACGUCCAAGAUGCCGACGAUUAUGCCGAGGAAGAAAGCGAGGUCGAACGAAUUCAGCGCCCGAAACCAAGCAAAUCUGGUUACGUCGAUACUGUUGAAGCGCUUGACUACCUUGAUCAGGAAGACUAUCCUUCACGCUCGAGAAAAUCGCGGAAAGCAAGAAACUACGACAGCGACUCCGAAGAUGAUGGCCCAGCUCCUCGUCGCUCUGGAAGGGUGGUUCCAUCAAACACCGACUCUAGAAGAACUUCAAGACGGCUCAAAUCCAUAUCUCAAGCUGACUCAGAAGACGAUGAUGAUGGCUUCGUUCUCCAGUCCGAUGUUCUUCCCAGCAGGAAACGCAAGCGUUCUCUGAGGUCUCAAAGCAAUCCUAUCAACUACGCCGAUGGAGACGAAGAGGAACUGCAGUACAACAACUCAGGAUCUCGCACCUCAAGACCUACAGGUCAGGGUGUCCGUCAGUCUGGUCGUUCAACCCGUCACCAGGGUGACAUGCAGGAUCCGGGUGUUAAUGACAUCUACCGCUCCGAGUCAGAACCACGACCUGUCGCUCCUCCCAAGCCUGUUGGAGCCCGCGAGUCUUUUAAGGAUCUACCACGAUCUGAUCCUUUCCGCGCUCGUCACAUUCAACAUUGUGACUCGUGUCAGAACGGUACUAACUUUGCCCCUCUGAUCUACUGUCAAGGCUGUGUCUACGCAUACCACAAGAGCUGCAUCGGCCACCGUGGAUCGAGAGAGCAUCUGGUCACUAAAGUCGGUAAGAAUGACUUUGUGCUUCAGUGUCGUCGCUGCAUCGCAUUCCCUAUGAAGAAGGACCAUACAGCACCCGAUCAUGGAAGGUGUUCUGACUGUAAGCAACAUGGCGCUUCAUGUGUGCCUUUCCGAGAGCGUAAGACCCCUCAACAGGAGCAAAAGGAUCGCGAGGAGAACAACGGUGAAGACCCUACCUAUCCAGUAUCCCCAAAGCUUAUCAACAACCCUGACAACGUCAUGUUCCGCUGCACCGCCUGCUCAAGAGGCUUUCAUUUUGAGCAUCUGCCGCCCAAGUCAGACAGUCUCAUGGAUCUCGACAGUGAUGAUGUGGCAACUCAGAGGCUUCAGGACUACAGCCAGGAUUGGAGAUGCAAAGAGUGUCUCGAUUGCCCAGGCAAGGUUGGAUCUCUUGUCGCAUGGAAACCAAUCGACGAGGACAACUACGAUCCAAGCUACGGCUAUGACAGAGUUCCGGAAGAUGAAAAGGCCUACCUUGUUCGCUGGGACGGAAAGUCAUAUUUCCAAGCUGCUUGGAUGCCCGGCCCCUGGGUCUGGGGUACUACGGCUGGUGUCAUGCGAAAGGCAUUUGCCAAGCGAGAUGAAGCACGUCAACCGAAAAUGAGAACAGAAGAUGCAAUCCCUGAGGACUAUCUUCGCAUCGAUAUCGUGCUUGACGUCAAGUACACGAGUAUCGUCAACAUCUCAACAGAAGAGGUUGACAAGGCACGUAUUCGUGAGGUCGACACGGCUUUAGUAAAGUACAAGGGUCUUGGCUAUGAAGAUGUCGUCUGGGAGAAGCCUCCUACGCCUGAUGAUGCCGAUCGCUGGACUGACUUUGUAGUUGCUUACAACGAUUGGGUGCUUGGUAGAUUCGUGAAACAACCCAAGCCGCAGCAACUCAAGACUCGACUCGAGAAGGCAAGAUCUCUCGACUUUGCCACCAAGCUUGAAAAGAAGAAACAGCCCAGUAACAUCACCGGAGGAGAGCUCAUGAAGUACCAGAUGGAAGGUCUUAACUGGCUCUACUACAAGUGGUACACGCACAAGAACGCCAUCUUGGCUGAUGAGAUGGGUCUUGGAAAAACUAUCCAGAUCAUAUCUUUCCUCGCCACCUUGGUCCAAGACUGGAAUUGUUUCCCUUUCUUGGUAGUUGUUCCCAACUCAACUUGUGCCAACUGGCGUCGUGAGGUCAAGCAAUGGGCCCCAUCUCUGAGAGUUGUUGCAUACUUUGGCAGCAAGGAGGCUCGCGAUCUUACCUACCGCUAUGAACUCUUCGCUCGUGAUAGUAAGGAGCUAAGAUGUCACAUCGUGGUCACGUCUUAUGACUGUGCUGCGGAUGAGAGCGCUCGCAAAUUCUUCAAGUCCAUCCCUUGGCAGGCACUGAUCGUGGACGAAGGACAACGCCUGAAGAGUGACAAAUCGCAACUCUACUCUGCAUUGGCGUCUCUAAGGGCUCCGUUCAAAGUUCUUCUGACCGGUACCCCUCUGCAGAACAAUGCACGCGAACUGUUCAAUCUUCUACAAUUUCUGGACGACACAUUUGAUGCCAGUCAACUUGAGGAGAAAUUUCAAGAGCUUGACCAGGCCAAGAUCCAGGAGCUGCAUGGCAUCAUUCGCCCCUUCUUCUUGCGCCGUACUAAGGCUCAAGUCCUUACCUUCCUUCCUCCCAUGGCUCAGGUCAUCGUGCCCGUUUCGAUGUCAACAGUUCAAAAGAAGUUGUACAAGACUAUUCUUGCCAAAAACCCUGAUCUCAUGCGCGCCAUUUUCCAGGGGGCGAAGGAGCUCAGACCUACAGAGCGUGCUAGUUUGAACAACAUUCUCAUGCAGCUGCGCAAAUGUCUUUGCCACCCCUUCGUCUAUAGCACCGAGAUUGAAGAGAGAAACGUGUCACAAGCUGUCAGCCAUCGCAACCUUGUCGAUGCCAGUGGAAAGCUACAGCUGCUCGAAAUGCUUCUCCCCAAGCUCAAGGAGCGUGGGCACCGUGUGCUGGUCUUCUCUCAAUUCCUUGACAUGCUCACAAUGGUGGAGGAUUUCCUCGAUGGUAUGCAGAUGAGGUGUCAACGUCUCGAUGGUACCAUCAGCAGUUUGGAGAAGCAGAAGCGUAUUGACGAGUUCAAUGCACCCGACUCUCCAUUAUUCGCUUUCCUGCUCUCGACUCGUGCUGGAGGUGUAGGUAUCAACUUGGCCACUGCAGACACUGUUAUUAUUUUGGAUCCCGAUUUCAACCCUCAUCAAGACAUUCAGGCUCUCAGUCGAGCCCAUCGUAUUGGUCAAAAGAAGAAGGUCCUUUGUUUCCAGAUUGUCACUCGUGCCAGUGCGGAAGAGAAGAUCAUGUCUUAUGGUCGACGCAAGAUGGCACUAGACCACGUCUUGAUCGAGCAGAUGGAUGCAGAAGAUGCUACAGACCGUGAUCUCGAAGGCAUCCUUCGCCACGGCACCAAGGAGUUGUUCGAUGAUGAUGGAGAAAAAGACAUCAAAUACGACUCAGCCUCGAUCGACAGAUUGCUCGAAGUUAGUCACAUCGAGCACACAAAGGCUGGCGAAGACAAAUCCGCAGAAUCUACUUUCUCGUUCGCCAGGGUCUGGGCCAACAACGAGCUAGAAGAAACUGCUAUCGAAGGUCCAGAGGCCGCAGAGGUGGCCCCCGAUCGUGAUGUGUGGGACAAGAUCCUCAAGGAGCGUGAGAGGAUUGCAGCAGUCGAAGCUGCUGCUGCGGAGCAGGCGUUCGGAAGAGGUCGUCGAGCCAAAGCAACUAUUGACUAUGGCGAUGGCGCUAACCAGGAUGGUCCCGAUAACAUCGAAGGACCUAAAGGCACAGAUCAAGGCUCGCCUAUCCGUGUCUCCAAGCGGGCACAACUGGACGAAGACUACGACACAGACUUCCAAGCCGACAGUGAUGAGGAGAGCAUUGCAGCGGAAGAGGUAGAGGACGUUGUUGAUCCGGGAGAGCUACAGAUCCCAGACCAACCAAAGACAGCGUCUAAGCUGGUCAGACCACCUGCCCCACCGACCUUCCGUCGCGUCGAUGUGCCAACGUAUCGGAACUAUGAUCCCGAGUUCACGAUCCCAGCAUCCAACGGCAACCCUCCUCGCAAGCCCCAAAUGGCAUCUUGCGUAGCAUGUCAACAUCUCCAUCCCUUGGGAAGUUGUCCUCUCAAGCGUGCUGGCGUUGAAUAUUGCGGUCUUUGUGGCCUCGCCCACUACGGCUUCUCUCGCAUCUGUCCACACAUUAACUCAGAGACCCAGGUCAGAGAGAUGAUACGAGCGGUGAAAUUAUCAUCGGAGCCAGGACAUCUCAAGUCAGAGACUUUGAAGUAUUUGACUGGACUAAAAGGUACUCUGGUUCAAAAGAAGAAGAAAGAGGCUGAGAAGAAGGCUGCCGCUGCUAAUGGCAGUGCACACCCGAGCGCUGGUCCGUCUGCAGUGCCAGGACAGCAGCCAUUUCACAUGAUGUAA